GGGAAAUUACCAAAUUGUGGAAGGGCAGAUAAAACUUAAAGGGGGAAUGGGAGCCGGGAGGUUUUAAGCAUUCACCAUCCAUCGAGAGCACGCAGAAGUCCGAUAGCGAGGUAGGGAGACUGAGAAAUAAAUAUAGCGCCAACAUGUCGGGAGGUAUAGCGCGUGGCCGUCUAGCCGAGGAGCGAAAAGCCUGGCGUAAGAAUCAUCCUCAUGGUUUCGUUGCCAAGCCAGAGACUUUACCAGAUGGUACUGUUAAUUUGAUGGUAUGGCAUUGCACAAUCCCUGGUAAGCCUGGGACUGACUGGGAAGGUGGCUACUUUCCAAUUUCGCUUCAAUUUAGUGAAGACUACCCUAGUAAACCACCAAAGUGCAAGUUCCCUCAAGGUUUCUUUCACCCUAACGUCUACCCUUCUGGAACUGUUUGCCUAUCAAUUCUCAACGAAGACAGUGGGUGGAGACCAGCUAUCACAGUGAAGCAAAUUCUUGUGGGCAUACAAGAUUUGCUGGACCAGCCAAAUCCUGCUGAUCCUGCCCAAACAGAUGGAUAUCACCUCUUCAUCCAGGAACCAGCUGAGUACAAGAGAAGGGUCCGACAACAGGCAAAGCAGUAUCCACCUCUUGUCUAGUGCCGUUGCAGCUGACUUUUGCUCAUUAAAGAUUAUCUACAUUCUGUCGGUUGCGUGUAAUGUAUCUGAAGGCUGCAUUAUAGGCUUUGUUUUUGGGUAUAUGAAAAGCUCAGUGGACAAACUAUAUUGACAUUAGGGUAAAGAAAAAGGUUUAAUUGGUGUUCAUUUUAGAAGGGAGACCAAAUCUCCUGUUCUCCCAUUGUUAUUGUGGUUUGUGAACUCUUCUAUCUCUUGUGGUCUGAAAAAAAACUCCUGCCUCUCAUGAUUACCAUGGUUGAUCUCUAACAGUUAACCCUUUCAUGAAAGAUGAUUUAUUCUAUCAAA